CCGACGAACUGCGCUAGAGCCGCGCAACAAGAAACCGACUGUCUGGCCACCAGAGCGCCGCGUUAGCCCAAUCCAACUGUGAGCGCGGCAGCGGUCCGGCGCAAGAGACGGCGAAAUUGUGGCCUUGUAGCCGCCCACGUGUCAACGACUCCAAAAAUCAACGGCGACCACUCACGAUGAAUCCCAGGGGCUCGGCCAAGAAGACGGGCCGCAAGCGGCCGCUGGAUCCGUAUUUGUACUUCAAGAGGCAGCCGUUCUACGAAGUCCUGGGCGCACUCUUCCCGCCAAGGUGCCUCAAGAACGGUUGGCGCGCCAAAACGCAGAGGUAUCUGCACUUCCGGUUCCUGCCGCAGCAUGUGACUGCUAUUUUGAGGUCCUUGACGUGUAAACCGGCAUCAAGGGCAGAAUUCGGGGUACAAGUGCACCUUCGGUUCCGUUUGUUCCAUAAGCACGAACAGGACGACAACUACCCUUACGAUUUGAGCGUGACGGUCAACGACCAGCCGUUUCCAGUGCCAGCUUCAAUUCCCGUCUUUUCCUCCGGCUGGCUGACCGGACGAAUAUGCCUGCCGAUCAACAUCCUUCCUGCCUGUUCUCUGGAUCCUUCGGUAGAAAACAAGGUUUCGGUGUCCUGGUGGUCCGAACACGGCCCUCAGUACGUCGCCGGUGUGUUCCUCGUCCGGAAGAAGCCGGUAGCGACGAUUCUUGACGAGCUGCGCCAGAGUAGCAUGCAGAAAGCGACUCUGACGAGAGCGUUGGUCGAGAAGAUGGUGCAGCGCGAGACAAACUGCGACGACGUCACGGUAACGAGCGUGGACGUUUCACUCACGUGCCCCCUGAGUCAGAAGCGAAUGCAAAUUCCGUGUCGCGCAAUAGAAUGCACGCACUUGCAGUGCUUCGACGCGACCAGCUACCUGGAGGCAAACGAGGCACGGCCCACGUGGACGUGUCCCGUGUGUGGCAAGUGGGCCGACCUCCCGUCGUUGGUCGUCGACGAGCUGUUUGUCACCAUCGUUGCGGAGGCGCCCGCUGACUGCGACACCGUUGUUUUCCACCAUGACGGGUCCUGGACUCCGUGGGCGGCGCAGGAGGAGCUUUCUGACCGCGGCGAUAGCGCCAGCACUUCCGCCAACGAGCAGCAUACGGUUAUUGACCUUACCGUGGAGUUUAUUGACCUCACCGAGGACAGCGACGGUGACCAGGCGGAGGGUGGCUAUGCUGGCGUGUGCCUUCUUCCAGAACAUGCAAACACUGGGUAUGGCCCUGGUGAGACGCUCAGUACUAGUCCACCCCCUCUGCCCCCACCCCCUUUGCCCCCUCUGCCCCCACCUCCUCUGCCGCCAUUUCGUAUCAUCGGUGAUGACGUUUAUUCAGCGCCGGACUUUGGGGAAGCCGCGAACGGUGCCGGCAACAAAUUUGAUCUGCGCAGAAUCAUAUUGUGAAGGGCGUAGCAUAUGUGUUCCUCGGUGGCCUUCUGCUCUGGUGAUGUGGGCGCUACGCGUUACUCUGACUCGUUCCUUUGGCGAUGUUUCCAGGUGCUGCACCAACAUUGGCGCGCCUCUUGAGAUGCAUUGGCUCGUAUAAUUGUCUCUGUAUUUAAAGUGCCCAUGGAUCUUGACCCGUUUUCAUGUGCGGCAUAUUUUUUAAUUAAUAUUAAUUGCAAUGGUGCAUCCCGUGUACCGUACAUAUAUUAUUUCCGAGUGCUGUUCCGUUCUUUUUAUCAUUUUCCCCCUCAUAGUUUCGACGGCUGUAGAUAGUCGUCUUUCGCGUCGAAAAAUCGAAUUCUGAUAGCAAAUUAAAUCCGGAUUAUUUAUCAGCUCGUUCUAGUAUCGCGCGUAUAGCGAGAAAUGUGCUAAGUGCUGCAUCUCUACCCCCCUCUCCCCUAGACUUUGGCUUGAAAUGGGGCAACUGACUUUCUUAUUUAACAGAAUGGCUAUACGUGUGCCGGCGUUCGUGCUUUUGUGUCGUCAGUUGCCGAAAGAUAAAUCAUCAUUUUGCUGCCUC